AAUUCAUGAGUCAUAGUUAAUGUAUGUGGAGGAGACGCUUUUAUUGUGAAGGAUCAGUGCCGGAAGUGUUUCUGUUGCAGUGUUGCUGAAGCCGAGGAAGCGAAAGUGUGUGUGAGGAGCCAAUCACGGUGUGAGGAGCCGCUGAAGCUUCGUUAUCCAGAUGUUAAAGUGAUGUUGUGAUGUUUAAUGUUGAGAUGACGUCGACAACUAUGGAGCUUGUUCCUCUCGCGUGCCUCUGUGUCCUGACUUGGUCUGGAACAACGUUUGCUGAUGAACACGGUCCAGCUGUCAUCAACAUGGUGGUGAAAGAAGGGAAUGAGGCCAUUUUACCCUGUUCCCUGAGCUCCACGAGCAUCAAGCAAGAGGUGUUUGACUGGAAGAAGGACGGUCAGAAGGAGGUGUUCCUGUAUGAUAGGGGCAGUACUUACGACGAGAAACGUUCAGGUCAAGAUGACCACUUCAAAGGACGGGUCUUUCAUUUUCCAGAACAUCUGGAGUUUGGUAACGCCUCCAUAGUUAUCAGAAAUACAAAGGUGGCUGACAGUGGAAACUACACCUGUGAUUUUCCAUUUCAUCAGCCAAUCAGACGAUCCCACAUUGUGCUUGUUGUUGGUGCGGCUCCAGAACCGUCCGUCAAAAUACUUGGUGAAACACAGGACGGAGUGCAGCUGCAGUGUGUCGUUCGAGGUGCUUCACCCAAACCUGAUGUCCAGUGGCAGGACAGUGAUGGAAAGACUCUUCCUGCUGAAGAACCACAGGUCUCUGAAAGAGGAGGCAGCUACGACAUUAUCCUCCAAACUACUGUGACCAAGACCGACACCUAUCGCUGUGUAGCCACACAGGAGGAAAUCAGACAUCAGGUUCAUGCUGAGACGUAUGUUCCUGUCCCUGGUGCAGCUCCAGAACCGUCCGUCACAAUACUUGAACAAACAAAGGACCAGGCGCUGCUGAAAUGUGUUGUUCGAGGUGCUUCACCCAAACCUGAUGUCCAGUGGCAGGACAGCGAUGGAAAGACUCUUCCUGCUGAAGAACCACAGGUCUCUGAAAGAGGAGGCAGCUACGACAUUAUCCUCCAAACUACUGUGACCAAGACCGACACCUAUCGCUGUGUAGCCACACAGGAGGAAAUCAGACAUCAGGUUCAUGCUGAGACGUAUGUUCGUAUCAACGUUCCAGAGAGUCACACUGGAUGGAAGGUUUCUACUGCAGUUCUUGGUGUUAUUUUAGGUGUUGUUCUUCUAGCUGUGCUUAGAGCCAAGGGCUUCAUUAAAUGUAGUAAAGGUCAAUCAAAGAAAAGUGUCCCUGAUGAAGAGCCUCACCUUUACCUACAGUGUGAGAGUUCAGACCUGGUUUUAAAGGUAGAGUUAGUUUCAGGUUCAGGUCAGGAUCAGGGUUGUGGUUCAGCAGAUAGGUGUGAUGGUCCUCAGGUGAAAGGACCAGAGAUCAAAGUGACAGAAGGGAGUGAUGUGACUUUACCCUGUUCCAUCACAGAGGACAUUGAGUCAUGGCGCUUUGAGUGGAAGAAAGACGGUCAGAAGGAGGUGUAUGUGUUUGAUUCAGGCCUUUCUUCCAGUCAGGGUCUAUCAGGUCAACAUGAGCAGUUCAAAGGUCGUGUCUCUCAUUUUCCUGAGAAACUGAAGAAUGGCGACGCCUCCAUAAAGAUCAGAAACACGAAGGUGGCUGACAGUGGAAACUACACCUGUGAAUUUCGACACCUUCCAAAUCAUAAAUUCCUCCUGAAGCUUCUUGUUGGUGCAGCUCCAAAGCUGUCUCUCAGAAUACUUGAACAAACAAAGGACCAGGCGCUGCUGCAGUGUGAGGUUCAUGGUGCUUCACCCAAACCUGAUGUCCAGUGGCAGGACAGUGAUGGAAAGACUCUUCCUGCUGAAGCACCACAGGUCUCUGAAAGAGGAGGCAGCUACGACAUUAUCCUCCAAACUACUGUGACCAAGACCGACACCUAUCGCUGUGUAGCCACACAGGAGGAAAUCAGACAUCAGGUUCAUGCUCAGACCCACGUGUAUAUCUGUGGUGCAGCUCCAGAACCGUCUGUCACAAUACUUGAACAAACAAAGGACCAGGCGCUGCUGAAAUGUGUCGUUCAUGGUGCUUCACCCAAACCUGAUGUCCAGUGGCAGGACAGUGAUGGAAAGACUCUUCCUGCUGAAGAACCACAGGUCUCUGAAAGACGAGGCAGCUACGACAUUAUCCUCCAAACUACUGUGACCAAGACCGACACCUAUCGCUGUGUAGCCACACAGGAGGAAAUCAGACAUCAGGUUCAUGGUCAGACCCAUGUUUAUAUCAGUGUUCCAGGGUUCUCCACUGGACAUGUUGUCGGUGCUGUUGUUGGGACUCUUUUAGUUGUUGGUGUUCUUCUAGCUGUGCUUAGAGCCAAGGGCUUCAUUAAAUGUAGUAAAGGUCAAUCAAAGACAAGUGUCCCUGAUGAAGAGCCUCACCUUUACCUGUGAAGCUGCUGCUGAAGUGUGUGUGUUGUUGUCGGUCUGUUUUGUUAGAAUCACUUUGAGUUUCAGACCAAGACAGUGAGACGUGUUGUUGGCUUCACUUAUUUCAGACAGUGUGAGAGUUCAGACCUGGUUUUAAAGGUAGAGUUAGUUUCAGGUUCAGGUCAGGAUCAGGGUUGUGGUUCAGCAGAAUCAAUAAAAACAAUAAAAGUUCAAGUUUUAGACCAAAGGUGUGAAGAAAUGGUAAAUUUGGGGCAUUUUGUUUGGUCCAACAGGUAGUUUUUAAGUGAAGGUGUGGUUUAAUGACAGACUAAUGUAUAAAGGCUUUAGCUGACCUGCAGUGCCUGUCUUACUGCAGCAGGACCAGGAGGGGGCAGUGUGUGAGUGUGUGAGUGACAGAGACACAUUGUAAAGCUCUUUGAAUAAAAGCUCUAUAUGAAUGAAUCCAUUGAUUAAAUAUUAUCAAACUGCUUGUAGCUGUUCACUGAGUUUGACGUGGACAUCGACACAAACAUCAGAGUCACUGAAGUAAAACCUGCUGCUCUGCUGUAAAUGAAUGUGAUAAUUUUGUAGCUAAAGUUAAACAUAAUGUGCCUUUAAUUUUUUUAUUUUGAAAUCUGUGUUGUUGACAUUAUUUGGAACAAUCAUGUGUUGCUUCUUUUUAUUUUUUAAGGUGCUGAUGUAAAGUGAGAAUAAGUGUUAAUAAAUUUGCCUUUUUAUCUUUA